AUGGUGUAUGGAUCGCAGCAGCAAACUCCGGUGCAGCAGAGGCCGCCGCAGCAGCUGGCGCAAGGCAACGUCAGCAGCCUGGCAUUCGGCAUGGACACCGUACAGCAGAGCGCAACAGCACAGCGGCCGGCGCGCCCUGCCGCAGCGCAGAGUUACCCCAACUCCAAUUUCAUCCCCGUUGCCGGGUCUGUCGUGACACCGCAGCAGCCGACUCCUCAGCAGCAGCAGCAGCAGCAGGAGCAGGUUCGCGCUGUGCGCGCUGCGAUCAUCCAGCAGCAGGGGUCAAACCUAGGGCUUCCCCAGGGGUAUGGCAGCCCCGGCUACCAAGGGCAGGCCAUGAACGGGCAACGGCCGGGCCCACAAGUGGAGAUAGUGCAGCCUGAGGCCGAGGAGGAAGAGGUGCUGCCACCAGAAGCCAACCCCACACUGUUCCUGUCGGGCUUGCCUCUCAAAAUCACCAAACGCGAAGUGGCUCACAUUCUGCGACCCUGCGAGGGAUUCAAGGAGUUGAGGCUGGUGCAGAAGGUCGACCGCAACAACAAGGAUGUCAUGUGGUGCUUUGCCGAGUUCUCAUCCAAGCAACUUGCUGCUCGUGCCAUGAACGACCUCCAAGGGUACGCAGUGGAUCUGGACGACCAGGACAGUCCGACGCUGAGGAUCUCCUACGCUCGCGCUCUCAACAACCCCAAAGUGCGCGAGGGCCGGGCGGCCGCCGAGGAGCCGCGGUCGUCGACUCCGCUAGAAGUGCGCGUCGACCGGCCGCAGCCGUACCGACACCCGCGCAGCCCCCUGGACCCGCGCGGAUCGAGGGAUAUGAUGCGGGGGCCUGCAGAGCCGUAUGGGCAGGUGCAGCAUCACAGGGAGCCGGACCUGAUCCCGGUGGACCCCCGGAGGGAUGUGCGCGGCCGGCCGCAGCCGCGAGACGCCACUCCCAACCGCCGCGAUGCUUACGAGAUCGCUUCUUAA